UCUCCUCACGGAAUACGGAGAAUAGAGCAAUGUCGUCCCAACUUUAACGCCGUUAAAUGAAAAUUCCUGGUCAAAGUCUACCUUCAACGCGGUUAUAUCGACGGCUACAACACGUCUUUCUUCAACGUCUAUUCCUCUGAAGCAGAUCGAUCAGCUAGCAAUUCCUUAUCAGAGCAGAGUAGAGCACAAUAAUCGUCGAGAAACACUCCAUGUCCAACCCGUGAAAAGCGUGGAGUUUGUUGAUUUCAUCGCCGAUUAAUCAUCUGAUUCUCUUCAUAGUAGAGGUCGUCUUCGCUUUUUUUAGCUUGCUUUGUAAGAAUCUCCUCUUCCCUAUGCUCUUCCUUUUUUUUCUCAAUUUUCUACAAUUCAAUCUCCAAUAGAUAUAUAAAUCACCCUAAUUGCUCCAGAAACAUUCGUCAUGUUAUUGCCAUUGGUGCUCAAACUUCAAAAUCGCUAGCUUUUCCAUCUGAAAAUUUUGGUUGUAAAUUUCUGUUGAAUCUCUAGGGUUUCAAUUUAUUAGCCUUUUCUGGUUUGAUAAUUGGGUAUGUCGGAUUAUAUGGCCGUUUCUGUACAAUCAUGACUUAACAUAUGAUGACCCUUUAGCUAGAUUCAAUUAAAAAUUGAAUCUUUUGACUCUAAAUUCAUUAUAUUUCACUAGUAAAAAUGGCGUCGGCCGGUGUCGCAAUCAGUCAAAUUCCAAAUGAUACUGUACUUUCACCUCGUUACAUACCUGACCUGCUAUCGACCGAAUCCAUUUGGAUUUGUGUGGCAAUGUCGGGUUCCAUGAUUCCAAUGCGGGUUUUGGAGUCUGAUUCUAUUGAGUCUGUGAAACUUAAAAUUCAGUCCUAUAAGGGGUUUGUUGUGAAGAAGCAGAAGUUGGUAUGUGGAGGCCGAGAACUGGCCCGGAGCAAUUCUCUCAUUCGGGACUAUGGUGUUGCUGAUGGGAAUAUUCUACAUUUGGUUCUCCGGCUUUCUGAUCUCCAGGUCAUCAAUGUUACCACGUCGUGUGGUAAAGAAUUCAAGUUCCAUGUUGAAAGGUGUAGAGAUAUUGGGUAUGUCAAACGGCAGGUCGCUAAAAAGAAGAAUGGUUUAGUUGAUAUUGAUGAUCAGGAAGUAUUAUGUGAGGGCGAGCGGCUUGAGGAUCAGAGGCUUGUUAAUGAUAUCUGUAAAAGUGAUGAUGCUGUGAUUCAUUUGUUUGUUCGGAGAUCUGCUAAAAUAAGGCCUAAACCUGUUGAGAAAAAUUUUGAAUUGUCUAUUGUGGCAUCCCAAUUGAAUGAUCAGACAGAUGACAAAGUGAUUAGAGAAAGUGAGUGUGGGACUGAUAUGGAGAACAUCCUUGUACCUAGAAAACCUCCGGACAUAAAUUCCUGGAUUAAACCUGUAAUAGUUAAUCCAAAGAUUGAAAUACCAUCAGUGAUUUGGGAUUUGGUUAACUCUACAGCUGAAGGGUUAGAUAGAGGGAACUAUCCAAUCAGGUCUGCUGAGGGUACAGGAGGAGUAUAUUUCAUGUUGGAUGCAUCAGGAAACAAGUAUGUCUCGGUUUUUAAGCCGAUUGAUGAGGAGCCUAUGGCUGUGAACAAUCCCCGAGGCCUGCCCGUGUCAGUGGAUGGGGAAGGAAUAAAGAAGGGUACCAGAGUUGAAGAAGGUGCAUUAAGGGAAGUUGCUGCCUACAUUUUGGAUCAUCCAAAGAGUGGGCGCCGCUCAUUUUCCAGCGAGGAGAAGGGUUUUGCGGGGGUCCCCUCUACAGUGAUGGUCAAGUGCUUCCACACAGGGUUUAAUCAUCCAGGAGGUUUAACUGUCAAGAUUGGAUCAUUGCAAAUGUUCAUGAAAAACUAUGGAAGUUGUGAGGAUAUGGGUCCUGGCACUUUUCCGGUGGAGGAGGUACAUAAGAUCUCUGUGUUGGAUAUGAGGAUUGCAAAUGCAGAUAGGCAUGCUGGGAACAUUUUGGUGAGCAAAGAUGGGGCAGAUGGCCGGACUGUGCUGAUUCCAAUUGAUCAUGGUUACUGCUUGCCUGAGAGUUUUGAAGAUUGCACAUUUGACUGGCUCUACUGGCCACAAGCUCGUCAGCCUUACAGCUCGGACACCAUCGAGUACAUAAAAUCACUAGAUGCCGAAGCAGACAUUGCCCUCUUAAAGUUCUAUGGGUGGGACCUUCCUCUUGAAUGUGCCCGCACACUCCGUAUCUCCACCAUGCUACUGAAGAAAGGGGCAGAGAGAGGGUUCACUCCUUUUGCAAUAGGAAGUAUCAUGUGCAGAGGGACCCUGAAUAAGAAAUCAGCGAUUGAGGAAAUCGUUGAAGUAGCACUGGAUUCUAUGCUCCCAGGCACAAGUGAAGCGGCAUUCCUUGAAGCUGUCUCAGGGAUCAUGGAUAACCAUCUUGAUAAGAUUGCCAAAUGACGUAUGGAGAAACUCGAUGAAUGGAUGUCUAUAUGCACAUAAAUCAUCGUACAUACGUAUAUACUUCAAUUCCCAGAAUUUAUUUGAUUUUUUGUUAUUCCCAUAUCCUUUCAGCAGUUAAACCUGGAAAUUGCUUUGAGAGGUUGAACAAUCAAUUGAUUGACCUCUUAAUUCAUUUGUCGAAUUCUUUUUUUAUUUUUUAUUUUUUAUUUUUUUUUAUGGUUCCUUAGCAUAUACACUUAUAGAUUAUAUUUUUAAGACAUAAUAUCCAUCAUAACAUGUACUUCUGAUAUCAGCGGUUGCAAGGGAGAGACUAGAUUUAUUAGUCCCUGUUCCAAGUA